AUGAAUGCAUCCACCAAGAUAUCCUACCCCUCCUUUCUUCGUCUUCCGGUGGAAGUGCGACUGCAGAUCUAUGAUCUGUCAUUGAACCGCACCGUCCCCCCGCACAGCCUUCUCCGCGUCUGCCGGGAAGUGCGAGAGGAGGCACUCUCCGUAGUGCUGCGCAAGAGACGCUUCUUCGAGAGGCUCGAACAAUUCAUAACAUGGGUUCAGCAGAGCCCGGCGCACCUGUUACCUUUGGUGCGAUCGAUCCACAUCAAUUGCAUCGUAGGCAGCUCGUUGUUCGCCGCGCGAGCGCCGAAGCCAUCAACACCGUGGCAAGAGAUGUACCAAAGCAUUUUCUCAACGGCUUCAACCCGCUUCCCUACUCCCGUGGGUCCUCUGCCCCCGUUUGUGAUCGCAGAAGCACUGGCUGCGCUGAGUGGGGUCCGCGAUUUUGGAAUCCUCAUCAUACAAAACGUCGCGCGCCCCAGCUCCCCUCAAUUCCUCGCCGACCAGCGUCUGCUACUGACUACUCUGGGGACCUGCAUGCCGCAAAUUCAGAGAUUGGAGGUGGAUAUCGACUUCAUUCCGCUGGACUUCCUCCGUCUGUUCGCCGCCGAGCUGCAUCACCUGACAAUAUCAGGCUAUGCCGCGGCCUCGGACAGCAAUAAAACCAACGACAACGUCGACCAGGAAACGAACACCAUCGCCAUAUUUCGGGACCUCAAACACCUCCGAAGCUUAACGCUGCGAAACGAAAUCAAUACGCUGCUGAACCGCGUGGUCGACCGGGAUGUGUCCCGCCUCGCGCCGCUUGUCGCCGUGACGCCGGCGGUGGUGCGCCAGAUGCAUCCGCUGCAAGGGUUCACGAUCGCGAGCACAUAUGAUCAACACUUCGAGACCCACUUCUUGACGGCAGCGAUGAUCAGCGCGCUGCUACAUACGCAUGCGAGCUCCUUGGUGAAACUGGAGAUCUGGAGCGACGGCCAGGUGACGGAUGAGGUGGCCGUCGAGUUGACAAAACUGCUGCCGCGGUUGGCUCAGUUGAGAACUAUUAGGCUGCACUUCCGGUACUCCCAGGGUCUGGGCCUGACUUUCAAGGAUUUUGUGCCGCCAACCGUGGAAAGUAUUGAUUUGCAGUGUGAGAGGUGCUAG